AUGAUCCAAUUCCGGGCCACGUGACCAAUAUCCACGCCUUUUCAAGACACUUUGGAGGAAGUGCUCAUCAAGUGUUCCUGAUAUACCAAUACCUUGUUGCAAAAUGGCAGACAGCACAGGCGACGAUAUUAAACCUAUUGAUAACGAAGAAAUCGAAGAAACGCCGGGCUAUCAGCCUCCCGCCCAGAAAUCCUUGAAAGAAAUCCAAGACCAGGAUCAGGACGACGAAUCGUUGCAAAAAUACAAGGCACAAUUGCUGGCCGGGGCCGAGAGUGUCUUGGGUAGGAAGUGCUGACUUUUAACUUUGUUUCUCGUUCUAAAAAGUUGUGGUUUUCGACAUUGAAUGUCAACUUUUGUAAUGAUUUUCUGCGUAAAAUUAUUCCUGUAAAUAUUGCUACAAUUUUUGAACAAGGCGAAAAAUUAGCACGGAAAUUCAGUCUGCCAAUAAUUAUAUUUUACUUUCAAACGACUCUCGUCUUCUGAAUCGCUUGCGAUUUUGAACAUUCCAUGUAAAGUUUCCCAUAUAUGAGAUAUUCUCUGAUCACUCAUGUAAAUUUUGCUUCAUUUUAGAUGAAGGAGGCGAAAAUGUUCUGGUGAAACAACUGGCCAUCAAAGUCCAGGGAAGAGAUGACAUUAAAGUCGAUCUAACCGGUAUUAAGUUAGUGUGCUCACUGCUUUCGUUUAAAAUUAUUUAUCCGUGUUUAUAACUCGAUUUAUUUUAUGCAGGAGACAUUACGAAGCUUAAAGAUAAGCCCAUAGUUAUCAAAGAAGGCGCUGAAUAUCGAGUAGAAAUCUCCUUUAGAGUAAGUAAUUACUGAGUUAGCUUGGACCCUUCGAAGUUCGAAUGGCUAUUGAAAUUGCUUCGCGGGGAACUGUUCUCACCCUCAGCGUUUCCGGAAAAUACCGCAUUUAAAAGUUUGAGUAAUCGAUUUGUUUGUAAGUUUACGUAACAAAACUUUUGCCGACGAGACCUUGUAUGUCGUCGCUAUUAAGAAAUAGUGUUUUUCGUUUUCUGCAUGUGAAGGAAUUUUAACUGUAACAAAUUGUUUAUAUUGGGCAAUCAAUAAUAUAAAUAUGUAACAAUUUAUGCAUAACUUACAUGUACCGAUGCAGGCACAUGGGAAGGGAUGAUUUUCAUUUUGUCGCCCCUAAGUAUUGUGCUAUAGACAAGGCGAAUCUUUAGCUGAGCUGAGUUUUAGCCAAAAAAACUGAGCUGAAUUUCAGCCAGGUGCUAUGUCCUAUGAAAAUACAGCCUGCAAUUGCAUGACAAAAUUUUCAAGCCUAAUUUGAGGCCACCCAGGAUAUAGGGCUCUUUUGGUAUGCCAAUAUACUGAAAAUAUUGCACUUUCAAAAUAGGCCGGAGACCCCGACACAGUAUGUACAUACAGAGGUCUCACUUCUGCGGGAAAACCGUAAGGUAGUUUUUACCAAUGAAAACAGCUGGCGACCAUGUUUUCAGCAAGUGCCCUAAAGAGAGGCAUUCACCCCCCUGGAACAUUAAAUUCCAAUAUGUUUUCAGUGGGGUGAUGGCCUCUCUUUGGGGGCACUUGCUAAGAACAUGGUGGCACAGAAUAGAUACAGGACCAGAAGUGUCACUCAGACGAUAUUUUGUCCGAAAUUUUACGAGUGCUGACGUGAAAAUACGCCAUCAUAUGACGCCAUCCUGGAGUGCACACGGAAGUUUUUCAUAGGAAAACAUAGGUACAAAGUUCUGUGUGCACUCCAGGAUGGCGUCAUAGCACGAAAAAAAAUUUCGGACAUUUUCCUUCAGCCAAAACACAUAGGAGUGUCCCUUCUGGUCCGGUAUCUAUUCUGUGAUGGUGGGCUGAAAAAAUCCAUUAUGCUAAAUUAACCUGAAGUGAAACCUUUGUAUGUACCUACUCUGUGGUCGUGGUGUCGUGAGGUUUACCGCUGUUUACUUUUAGUGCUAUAAAUGUAUUGAAAUAUCAAUUCUGCUCCCCAGUUCUGUGAUCCGCAGUCGGGAGAUUACUUUUUUCUGGUUAGGGUAUCGACAGCAGCACUGCCAAUGGCAGUCAAAUCAACUUAUUGAUGUCAUAUUUAAUUUCGUACAGAGAUUGAGAUUUGACUUCCACUGCUGCUUAAUAUGUGAUUGGUUAAUCGGGCAGAAUAAAUGCAUCCGAUUGGUUUAAUGGUAAUACGAGUGAAAGUCAAAAUCUGAACCCUUCUAUUGACUUUGGGAAUAUCACCUUUUUAAAUUGGCAUUUGUGAAAUUGCUUCCUGUCGCUAGCUCUGUCCAGAUCCACUACUUUACCAUUAUCCUUAAAGAUGCGGCACAGUCCAUUUGCACCAUCAGCACCUUCAAACCAUCCAUGUUUUCCUUCUCGUUAAUAUGUGCUUAUUAUAAUUACAGGUACAAAGAGAAAUUGUUGCAGGUUUAAAAUACUUCCAAGUGAUUUCAAGAAAGGGAAUUAAAGGUAUAGGGCUUCAUGAUUCUGCUCAUAUGACCUCUUACUUUAUGCCAAACAGGAGUUAGUGGUACAUUGGUGUCUGAAAAGGUACAAUUAUUCAGCUGGGAUCUAAGAUGAAUUGUGAAGGGUCGAAGGCUUUCCAAGGGUGCCUUUGGCAGCCACAGCUAUGGUGGUCAGUUUGGGCCUAAUUUCUAAUUUCAACCCGAGUACCUGGAGAAAACCCACAAUUUUCGGUAGAGUGUUGACCGACUCUUUUCACAUAAAUGUCACAGGUCUGCAGUAAGAAUCAAACCCACAAUCUCAGAGGUGAAAGGCGCUUAAUUCAGUGGUGUAACUACUAUGGGCUCAGACCGGGAGAACCCAGAGGCCCCCAACCACAAUGGGCCAAAUGGGGGCCCCCAGGCUUAGGCGAUAGAGCCAAAACAUUGGCCAGGGCCACUGAUAUGUUACAAUGUCAUUUUAUGACUAUCAGAAUUCUGUAAAAUCUCUCCCCAAAUGGUCCAGGAAAUGGCAUUUCAGAGUCUAGAUUAAACAAUUUUCCAGAUGAGCAUGCCCUGGCCCCCUAGAAAACUUGUGCAUAUACUGCGCUCGACUCGUGCCUUUGGCACUUCUACUAGCCUGGGGCCUUUGAAAAUUUUGAACCGGGGGCCCUCUGAUAUAACGUUAUGCCACUGGCUUAAUUGCUGUGAUGAUUACACAACCUAAACACUUGGUGAUGCAAUCAUCACAGCAAAAGGGGUUGUAAUUUGUACUGAGUGGCUCCAGGUACCCUCUUUCUAACUCACCAAAGCUAACUCUUCCAACUCCGUAAUCAGACAUGGUAGCAGCUGAAGAUUCAAGGCUUGGGCUUGGCUACCUUUGAGGCAUGUCAUUUGUAAUUUGCACUUAGGGCGUUUACCAUUAACAUGGCCAGACUGGUCAGAACGGUCAAAUUGUUGAAUGGAACACAAAACGUUUGGGCUUCGGACCUAUCUGACCGGAAAAUUUAGAUCGAAUUAGAAUGAGGUCCAUUCUUGCUAGAUAUUUGAGAAACAUAGACCAGAUCUUUCCAUUGAUAUGGAGACAAAAAUUUGGGUCUGAAAUGGAAAGCGCCCUCGGCUUCCUUUUAAAUAUGGUCCUGGCCAAUAAGCUUAGCCCUAAGUUAACCUAAAAUUCAAAGCAAACUUCCCAACAGCUUUUUGUAUAAAUUUGGAAAUAUUUCUUUAGAAAUCUUGUCUGUAUCAGUAGGAGUUUUCUUCCCUGAAGUUUUAAAAUAAACAGAUGUGCAGAAAUACACAAACUAAAACAGCAGGUUAAAUUUUAACCGAGGGUUAGCUGCUUAGCACUAGCCCAUGAACAACCGCGCCCUGACCAUUUUUUUCCUCUUAGUCGACAAGAAUGACUUUAUGGUGGGCAGUUAUGGCCCCAAGACAGAAGUGCAGUCCUACAUGACACCAGCAGAACAAGCGCCAAGUGGAAUGUUAUCAAGAGGUCACUAUGGCGUAAAGAGCAAAUUUACAGAUGACGAUAAAAAAAUCUACCUGGAAUGGGAAUGGUCAUUUGAUAUUAAGAAGGAUUGGAUGUGAUAGACUAAUGCUUAAUUACUGUUGGAUACUAAUGACAAUAGUAUAUAUAAUUGGAAUUUCGCUUAAUAUUAGUUAAUUUUAUCAAUGCAAUGCUUUUUCACGUAUGUAAUAUUUUUGAGUUGAUCUUUUGUAUAAAUUAAUGACAGUGUGGGCAACUGAAUAAAACAAGAACCAUUUCAAACUCUUCUUUAACCCAUUCAACAGCAAUGCACCCUACUUUAUUCUUUUACUCUGUCUAACGCCAGACGAUUUUACUCGUCAAGGAGAAAGUCUUGCACUCUAAUCGGUUAAUUAACCUGGGUUUUUUUUCUAGAAUCUUAGAAUGCCUCAAAUUAUACAAAAAACUGAUUGCACUGCAAAGAUCACUUAAAAUGACUAUAUAUAAACCUCUUUGAUAGAUACUUGUAGCUCCCUUAAUUCCUUCCCGAGAUAUUCAACAAUCACACUGAGUUUCUACAACAGUGUGUUUGUCUUGUAGGGUAACGAUAACAAAUAUUUAAAAUUGGGCUUUUAUGUGCAUAAACCAUAUUUAAUCAUUAAUCGUCUCCGUUUCAGUGUGUGGAAUGUUUUCACCAAUUUCAAAAUGAAUGAUGCUCUUCAAAAUCUCAUGCAGUAUGAUGUGAUAUUUGCAUAUCAAACAAAGUUGAAUAUAUAUCUCGGAAAGCAAGAGAGCUACAAGUAUUCUAUCAAACAGGUUAUACUGAAGAAAAAAUUGGAUGAAAUUUCGCCGUGUCGUAUAUAUGCACUUUAAACCAAUGAACAUUUUCCAUUAGCGCCUUUCCUCGAAGCCUGCCAUAUUUCAAACAUACUUUCCUCACGUUUUAUCAAAUCAGGCAUAAGAUAUCUACAGUCCGAGCACUUGUAAUGUACACUGACAUAUAUACAACACAUAAAUAAAUUAUUUUACAAAUCUCGAUAUCUGUCAUUACGAAACAGGAACUCUGUUGUCUUUUGCCCAUUUCUUCAUUGUGCGUAUAAUAUAUUCCACCUGAGGAUUACCAGUGUUUCGUAACAACUGCAGAACAUCACGUAAUGUCUCCCUAUAGAAAUAUUUACAAAACAUUCAACAAGUACAGCUGCUGUAAAAGAACUCUUUAAAAUGUAGAAUAAGGCAUUUUACA